AUGUCAAAGGGACAUGACGAGAGUUGUGGAAUGACAGAUCAAGAAGGGGAAAGUGAACUUCCCAAUGAACAGCGCUCGUCUGCAGCAAACCUAAAGAUCUCGUUUGGUGUUGGAAAUUUCGCAGACCUCCCAUUGGACGGCCUUAGUGAUGAUUCAGAGAAGCGAAUGAGCAGUCCUGAUCGUUCUGCCACCACAAGUCCAGCUUCACAAGAGUCAUCCCCAACCGAUGAGGUCUUCGAAUAUCACCAACUUGAACCAAUCUUUGAAAUUGAUGAGUCUAGCAAUGAAUCAGACCCAGUUUUCAAGUCAGCUGACUCAAUACUUUUGAAGGGUGAAGGGAGUUUGGUUCAAGUUUCGAAUAGCAAAGAAGCUUCAAGUAGUGAACAUGAACAACCAGAAUCGAGGAGCCAUUACCAGGCUAGCAGAGAGAAUUGA